AUGUCGACGUUUCGCAUCCCCUCGGCGUCUGGUACCAACGCUGGCACCUUGAAUGCUGCCAAGGGAGCACUUGCUGGCGCUGGCGCUGGCGCUGCAGCCAGCUCCUCUUCCAACAACAAGGCGGCUCCAAAGACCUAUCCUUUCUGGCUAGGAGGCGCAGCCGGCUGCUGCGCUGCAUCGAUCACACAUCCUCUGGACCUGACCAAAUACCGUCUCCAAACCGCCACGGUGAAGCAGGGCAUGUUCAGGACGAUUGUGCGUUCAGUUCAGACGGAAGGCGUCACUAGUCUUUGGCACGGCUUGACUGCGACGUUGCUGCGUCAAUUUACGUAUUCGGUGACGCGCUUCGCGGUAUACGAGGAUAUGAAGUCGCGCGUUAGUGCGCGUUCCGGUAAAGCGCCUACCACGGGAGAGCUCGCGUUGUGCUCUGGAACCGCAGGUGCUGUAGCUGGUGUGGUUGGCAACCCUGCCGAGAUCGUCUUGGUUCGGAUGUGUUCGGACCUGAAUCUGGCCAAAGACGCACGAUACGGCUACAAGAACUGCGUCGACGGACUCGUCCGCAUCGUCAAGGAUGACGGUGCGUCGACGUUGUUCCGAGGUCUUUCGCCCAACGUCUUCCGUUCCGUCGUGAUGAACAUUUCGCAACUCGGAUCGUACGAUCUUUUCAAGCGCAUUCUCCAGAAGCUCGACGUGAUUCCUGACGGCGCGCUUCUGCAGACCGCUGCGAGCUUCUGUGCUGGUACGUUGAGCACUACACUCUGCACACCGAUCGAUGUCGUCAAGUCGCGCGUCCAGAACUUGAAAAACAGCGCUGGCGCCAACAUGCGCGUUUCCAGCGUCAUCCGUGACGCACUCGCCAAAGACGGCCCUGCUGUCUUCUUCAGAGGUUGGACCCCAGCCUGGCUCAGGUUGCAGCCCCAGACAACGCUCCUCUUCCUCUUCUUCGAACAGUUCAAGCAGCUCGUCGACAAGAGCCGCCACAUCAAACAGCACACCGAGGUGCAUGUCAACAAUUGA